CUCCACCAGUAGCACGGACUCCGAUCUCCGGGAGGCGCCCCCAGGGCUCCGAGGACUCGCCCCACGUCGCGCGGUCCUGAGCCUCGUCCGCCCCAACCCGCCUCGCCUACCACUGACACCUGCUACCUCAAAGAGGACUUCGCCGCCCGCGCCCCCUGCCCCCACGUCCUCUGCCAGGCCCAGGAGCGCCGUCCGCAGCGCCGUCGAGGUGAUGGGCAGCCGGCCCCGCAGUCCCAGCGCCUGCCUUGCGCCCUGGUGGGGACAGCAGCCAGGAGGACCAGGCCCUGCCAAGCGCAGCCGAUUGGAGGAGCCCGCGGGCCCCGAACCCCGCGCGGCGCCCAGCCCGGAAGACCCGGCGGGGAUCCCAGCCGUGGACGCGCUCACCUCCGUGGUGGUCCUGGCCGCGGGCUGUGCCCUGCGUGUGCCCCUGGAGAACGUCGACCUGGUGCUGGAGCUCGCGCCUAUGUCGGUCCUGCGAGUGUCUCUUGGUGGACACACCCUCAUCCUGAUCCCGGAGGUCCUCCUAAGCUCCGUCGACGAACGCUCAGGAGCGCAGGGCGACUCGUCUGCCGGCCUGGAAGUGGACCUUUUCCUGGGCGCUCACGGGGAAGACGUCGUCGUCCAGCAGGAAGUCUUCUGCGCAUCUGUCCCAGAGAUUGCUGCUGAGGAAGAGGCCUACGAGGAGGACGCGGACUCUGAAUUCCCGGAGCUCUGCAUGGACUCCGCAUCCGGCUCAGCCGCUGGGCUCUACCCCUCCGCUAGAAGUAUGUUCAGCCCCUACCGGGAGGGCCCCAUCCCAGGGCCCUGUGCUCCGGCCUCCAACCCCAGUUCAGAGAGACGCUCUCCAAGCCCCAUCUUCGACCCGGAAUUCCACCUUCUGGAGCCUGUCCCCAGCUCACCUCUCCAACCUCUACCUCCCUCUCCAAGUCCAGGUCCCCACGCGCGCCCGGAGCUCCCAGAGCGCCCUCCGUGCAAGGCCCGGAGACGCCUGUUCCAGGAAUGA